AUCAAUCACCAACAAACCUCAUGACUGCGCAUCCUCAGCACCGUCGGUCCUCGUACGCCACAAAUCAACACCACCACCGCCGCUAACAGGUUCGCUCUCUUUUUCACUCCCUUUCGCUCUCUUGCUCUCUCCCUCUCUGUAUCGCUCUCACUCUCUCUAUCUCGCUCUCGCUCUCGGUCUCUCUCUCUCUACCCCUUCUUCUAUUUCCCCAACUGUGAACUCUUGCUCUAGGGUUGUUUAUUCUAUCCAUUCAGUUUAAUUUUGUCUUCAUUUCUGAAAUGGGUUUGUUUGAAGUGGUUUCAUUACUAGAGUUUUAUGGGUUUCAUGUUGUAAAUAGGUUUGAUUUUAGGGUUUGAUACCUUUCCCCCUCUUUUUCCUUUCUCUCUCAUUAGUUUCAAAGCCCUAAUCCAUUGAUUGUCUAUGUAUUUUCAUGUAUGGCUACUCAUUGAUUGUGUAUGUUAUCUCAUGUAUUCUGAUUAUUUUCAUUGAAAUUUGAUGCUCUGAUUGCAAUAGUAAGUAAUUUAUUUGCUUCCCUUUGAUGAUUAUUUAUUAGAUUUUGGGCAAUACCCAUCAAGUCAUACAUUGGGGAUUUUUAUUUAUUUUUUUACUUUGUAAUUGCUCAGCGAAAUAGUCUCUCGGCAGUGAAAUAGUUUCACUUUGGAUAUAGUUCUCAUUGUAAUAAGUAAAGCUGCAUUUUGGCAGUGAACUAAUGAGAGAAAAAGAAGUUUCAUCCAGCAUAUGGGGAUCUAUUCUGUGAUCGUUGAUGUGCUUCUGUAACUUUAUAUUAUUAUUAUUUUUUUCUAGUGAUGCAGAUAUUCAUGCAGUUACUUUUUUUCUUUGGAUGGCUAUGUUCUGUUUGCUGUGGACCUAGACAAUUGGGGAAUAUUCAUAAAAAAUGAAAGUAUGUUCACUGGAGGGUAGCAGUAUCAAAUGACACUUCUGUUCAUAAAAGGAUGCUUUAGCAAAGUGAUAUUGAUUCCGAAGUGAAUAAUAUAUUUCUACUUGUUCAAGUACAUUAAAAAAUUUCGUCUAUUGUUAUAUUGAAGAUUGCUUCUGUAGCAUAAACAUUCUUGAAUUUGGUAGUGUUAGUAUAUAAUUUCCUAAGCAAAAUAAAGUCGUAAUCAUAUUGUUGAUUUUCCUCCCCUCUUAUCUUUCUGAUGUACUGUACUUUAUCUGUUGGGAAAUUUCUAACGUCCAGGCAAGUAUUUAUCGGGAGGAGAACAACGUUAUAGACUUGUAUAUCAUACUUCUUAGAUUUUCAAGGAAACCUUGUCUAGGCACUAUUUUUUGGGCCCAAAUGGUCUUUGGGGUGAAUGGCUGGGGCCUAGCCCAGAGAUAAAGGUUCACUAUCUAAGCAAUACUGACUUGACUCCAAAUGAAAAUUCAAGAUUAUAUCCUGAAUCAGGAGGUUGCACAAUAUGACCUUCAGGAAGUAAAAGAUGGUGAGUCAGAAGUGGGUAAAUCUACCAUGGAAUCAUUGCUGUCUUUGGAUGAUGGAAGACAGUCACUUCCAGCUGAUGACUCUUGUCCUCCCUUAAAUAAUGAACCAGUAAAAAUGAUGGAUGAUUUUUUGAGAUUGGCACGAGAAAAUACUGCAAAAAAUUUAGAAACAUGUGGUGUUCUUGCUGGUUCAUUGAAAAACAGGGUGUUCCAUAUCACUACACCGAUAGUUCCAAAGCAAGAGUCAACUUUAGAUUCGUGUCAGACCUUGAAUGAAGAAGAAAUUUUUGAAGUCCAAGACAAAUAUUCGCUUUUUCCUCUUGGGUGGAUCCAUUGUUUUUUUGCAGAAAACAGAGGGUAGUGGCUAAGAUGAAACAGAGCAAGCUUGGGGCAGACAGAGCUGUUUUUGGACAUUAUGCACGUGCAUGCAACCCCUGCGCAUCAUUGCUUACAUCAUGAUCAUUGUUGUAAUUAAUUUGUUUAUUAUCGUUGCAAUUAAUUAUUGUUGUUAAUAAUUAUUGUUUAUUUAUACUUGUUAUUAGCUGAUUAAACUUAGAUAGUUAGAUUACUUGUCAUGAUUACCCUUGUUGUAAUAGCCUAGUUAGCUAGUUAAUGCUUUAAUUUAUUCA